AAAAGGUUGCUAUUACAAAUGUCCAAUAUAAUUACGAAGCUUUUCGAAAUUGGGGAAUGGCUCUAAUAACUGCCCAACACAUUAAUCUUUUAAUUGAUAAUGGAAUUGAUCCAAAGGAAAUUGCUUGCCCUUUGAGCAGUUUUUAUCAUCAUCUUAUUUUGGAAGAAGUUUUUGGAAUUCUUUGGCCACAUAAUUUAUCCAAAUCCAAACGAAUUUGCAGUCGAGUCCCGCGAAUGCUUUCUGGACUUCAUUUUUCGGUUUAUAUUCGUGCAUUUUUGGACAAUGAAUUUGCUAGUACGGAGAAUGAUUAUCUAAAAUUAUUAACAAAUUGGAAUUUUGGAUUAUCAAAAGCGAAAUAUCAAUUUAUGUUAAUUUGUGACAGCAAUAAUUUGAAAAAUAAUUGUAUUCCAAAAAUGGAAGAAAUGCUUGAAUGUUUUCAAUCAACUAGAGGAGGUAUAAUUGUUGGACCAAACGAUAUUUUUCCUUUAAAGAAUGGGCAAUUUGAAGAAAUUAAAAAUUUAGCUAAAAAGAGAUUAAGAGAAUUUAAAUAAUUUUUUUAUGUUUAACUUGUUUUAAAUUAUAAUUUAAAAAUUGAAACGGGUUUUUAAAAAUGUAUUUUUUUAAUUUGUUAAAGUUAUUUUUAUGACUCGUUAUAAAGAUUUGAUUUGUCUUUAAUAAGAAUGGUUCCAACAAGGUGAUAUUAUGCUUAUGAUGAAGUUGCAACACCAAAGAAGAAGACAAAGAUGCAGUCUGUUGGUUCUAAAGAUAAGAUGAAAUGCCGUUCUGAGGGUUCAAAUAAUUCUGUGGGAUAGAUGAAGAAAAAGUAAAAUAACUAAGAUAAAAUAUUUUGUUUGUAUAAUUUUGUUUUGUUCCCUUAUACCCUUAUUUUUGUAUGUAUUUGUUGACCGGACUUUGUUAUUGUAUGUUUUGUAUUGUGGUGUUGUA